AUGCAGAUACUUAAGGCACGUUUUGCACUGAGAGCUAGUGCUUCACAGUUCCAGGCAUGGAGCACAGCCAAAACAAGAACAGCAGCAACAGACACAAAGACAGUGGAAUACAAACCGAUCAGGAGCGUGCUGGUAGCGAAUCGUGGUGAAAUAGCAAUCAGAGUGUUCCGAGCAUGUUCCGAGUUGGGGAUACGCUCAGUCGCUAUCUACAGCGAACAAGACAAGCUGCAGAUGCACAGACAAAAAGCCGACGAGUCGUAUCUUGUUGGCAAAGGAUUGCCGCCGGUUGAAGCUUACUUGAGUAUCCCCGAGAUCAUAAGGGUCGCGAAAGAGAAUGACGUCGACGCUGUACAUCCUGGCUACGGAUUACUUUCUGAGAGGUCAGACUUCGCACAAGCCAUCAUCGACUCCGGGCUACGGUUUAUCGGCCCCGCUCCGAGAGUGGUGCAGCAGAUGGGAGACAAGGUCGCCGCUAGGAAAGCAGCCAUCGAAGCUAAGGUACCAAUAGUGCCCGGAACAGACGGUCCAAUUACGACGAAAGAAGAAGCGCUAGCAUUUUGCAAGCAACAUGGUCUCCCUGUAAUAUUUAAGUUAUUAAGUUUAUUUUUCUUGACAUUAUUUAGGUGACAAAGCCGGUAACGUGGUACAUUUGUACGAACGCGACUGUUCAGUACAGAGGCGACACCAGAAAGUAGUUGAGAUUGCGCCCGCGCCUCAUUUAGACCCUGAAAUUCGACAGAAGAUGACUGACUGCGCGGUUCACUUAGCAAGGCAUGUGGGUUACGAGAACGCUGGCACUGUAGAGUUUCUCUUAGACGACAAAGGCAACUUCUAUUUCAUCGAAGUCAACGCUAGGUUACAAGUGGAGCACACAAUCACAGAAGAAGUGACCGGUAUAGAUCUUGUGCAGUCUCAAAUUCGAGUAGCUGAAGGAAUGACUUUACCGGAAAUGGGACUCACACAGGAUAAGAUCAAAGCCCAAGGAUUCGCCAUACAAUGUCGAGUUACUACCGAGGAUCCGGCAAAUAACUUCCAACCUAGCACUGGAAGGAUUGAAGUGUUCAGAUCUGGGGAAGGUAUGGGCAUACGUCUAGAUUCCGCGUCCACAUACGCCGGCGCCGUCAUAUCUCCGUACUACGACUCGCUAUUGGUUAAAGUAAUCUCUCAUGCGCAAGAUUUGUCCGCGUCCGCUGCCAAAAUGAACAGAGCGCUGCGCGAGUUCCGUAUCCGCGGCGUCAAAACAAACAUUCCAUUUUUGCUCAACGUAUUAGAAAACCAGAAGUUCCUUAAUGGUGCGGUAGACACUUACUUCAUAGAUGAGCACCCGCAGCUGUUUAUGUUCAAACCGUCUCAGAACAGAGCUCAGAAGAUCCUCAACUAUCUCGGCCAAGUGUUGGUGAAUGGACCGGCGACGCCUCUGGCUACAAAUAUACCGCCUUCGGACGUGAAGCCUUAUGUACCCCCUGUGCCGUUGGACCUAUCCCCCGAGGCCAUUAAAAGGCAGGAAUUAACAGGAGAAAACACAGCGGUUCAACCUCCGCGCGGAUUCAAGCAGAUUCUACAAGAGGGUGGUCCUGAGGCAUUCGCCAAAGCUGUCAGAAAGAACAAGGGUCUUCUACUAAUGGACACAACAUACAGAGACGCACAUCAGUCGUUGCUCGCGACGCGUGUGAGGACGCACGAUCUUCUCGCCGUGUCGCCUUAUGUUGCUCACAACUUUAGCAACUUAUACUCGUUGGAGAAUUGGGGAGGAGCUACUUUUGAUGUUGCUUUGAGGUUCCUCCACGAAUGUCCUUGGGAGCGUCUUCGCGACAUGCGCGCUUUGAUCCCGAAUAUUCCCUUCCAAAUGUUAUUGCGAGGCGCCAACGCUGUCGGAUACACGAACUACCCAGACAACGUCGUCUUUAAAUUCUGUGAUAUGGCGGUACAAGCCGGUAUGGACAUCUUCCGAGUGUUCGAUUCUCUGAACUACCUUCCGAACUUGAUCCUCGGCAUGGAAGCGGCGGGUAAAGCCGGUGGUGUAGUAGAAGCUGCCAUCUCUUACACCGGCGAUGUUUCCGACCCUACAAAGACGAAAUACGACCUCAAAUACUAUGUUAACUUGGCCGAUGAACUGGUCAAAGCUGGCACUCACGUGUUGUGCAUUAAAGAUAUGGCUGGCCUGUUGAAACCUCAGGCUGCUGAGUUACUAAUCAAAGCGAUCAGGGACAGGCAUCCGGACGUGCCUAUCCACGUUCACACCCACGACACAUCUGGUGCCGGCGUCGCCUCAAUGCUGGCUUGCGCCAAAUCCGGCGCCGACGUCGUAGACGUGGCUGUAGACUCCAUGUCCGGCAUGACCAGCCAGCCCAGCAUGGGGGCCGUGGUCGCCUCGCUUCAAACCACGCCGCUGCAAACAGGUAUUCCCCUACAAAAGAUCUCCGAAUAUUCCGCUUACUGGGAGCAAGCCCGCACUCUGUACGGACCGUUUGAGUGUACUGCGACCAUGAAGUCUGGCAACGCUGACGUAUACAUGAACGAAAUACCAGGAGGACAGUACACCAAUCUGCAGUUCCAGGCCUUCUCCCUCGGCCUGGGCAGCCAGUUCGAGGAAGUCAAGAAGUCUUACAGGGAAGCGAAUCUCUUACUAGGCGACAUCAUCAAGGUGACGCCUUCAUCAAAGGUAGUGGGCGAUCUAGCUCAAUUCAUGGUACAGAACAAGCUUACGGCUAAAGACAUCGAAGAGAGGGCCGAGGAAUUGUCCUUCCCCAAGUCUGUGGUGGAAUACUUGCAGGGGGCCAUCGGCAUUCCGUACGGAGGGUUCCCGGAACCGUUGAGGUCUAAGGUCCUUAAGGAUAUGCCGAGAAUAGAAGGUCGCCCUGGUGCAGAACUACCGCCUUUGGACUUCAAUAAACUGAAGGAGGACCUAUCUGAAACUUACCAUGGGCUUUCGGAUGAAGACGUUAUGUCCGCCGCCAUGUACCCGCAAGUGGCUAACGACUUCUUCCGCAUCCGGGACAAGUACGGACCAGUCAAGCUUUUGGACACUAAGACUUUCCUUACUGGGCCAACUGUCGGCGAUAUUAUCGAAGUGAAGAUCGAGCGAGGCAAGACAUUGGACAUUCGUACUCUGGCCGUAUCCGAAGAGAUGACUGCGGCCGGCGAGAGAGAAGUCUUCUUCGAACUAAACGGACAAUUGAGAUCUGUGUUCAUACGGGAUGAGAACGCUAGCAAGGAAAUGAAAAUCCACCCGAAAGUUGUAAAAGGUGACAAGCACCAAGUCGGAGCUCCAAUGCCUGGAACUGUUUUGACGAUAAAGGUGAAGGAGGGUGAUAGUGUGGAGAAGGGUCAGCCAAUAGCUGUACUAUCUGCCAUGAAGAUGGAAAUGAUAGUCCAAGCGCCCAUGGCAGGAGUCGUCAGAAACAUUGCCAUCUCUAACGGACAGAAGUUGGAGGGAGACGAUCUUAUCUGCAACAUCGAGUGA